AUGUUCGCCGACGCCGGCUUCAGCUUCUCCGCCUACUCUUCUUCGCCGCCGGGGCCGGCCUACUCCUACUCCUACUCAUACUCUUCUUCCCCCACAGUCUUGUCCCACCCACACCCCGACCACUCCUCCUUCUCCUCUCCACCAUCCUCCGCUGCUCCGGCGCAACCGCCGCCGCCACCUCUGCCUCUCCCUCUCCCUCUCCUGCACCAACAACAUCAACAUCAGCAUCAGCAUCAAGCCGCCGCCGCUGUUGCUACUGCAUCCAACGACGACGACGACGACGCCAUGUACCACCACCUCGGAGACAUGGGGCAGCCAUCCCUGAUAUCAGAGUAUGACCUGGGAGCAGAAGGCGACCUGUUCAAGGCUCCGGAGCCCAUAAUCGAGGAGCCGCUGCUGGCCCUCGACCCGGUCGCCGCCGCCAUCUCGAUGAUGUCCGGCGGGGACAACGCCAUGGACGACAGCAUCAAGGUCUCCGACAUGGGGCUGAGCGAGGUGCUGUACGAGUGCGAGAAGGAGCUCAUGGAGAAGUCGGCCAUCGAGGAGACCAUUUCCGAGCUGCUGGACGUCAAGAUCCCCAUGCUGCAGGUCGAGGACGUCCCCGGGGAGCUCAGGGCCUCCUCAUCAUCGACAGUUGCCGCCGGCACCGGCGAGUGCUCGCUCCAGAAGAGCGUCAGCUCCGGGUGCCUCAGCUCGGGCGACUGGAUGAACGGGUCGGCGGUGAGGCCCAACUUCCUCGACUUCCAAGGGCUCGACUUCGAGGCCGCCUUCGGGCUCCGGCGAGCCUACAGCGAGGGUGACAUUCAGAAGCUUGGUGCCAAUACCCCUCGGCCUGGGAUCGCGGCAAAUGUGCAGGCAUCUGGUGAGAGGCUUGUGACCAUCAGCGACCUGAAAAGCGAGGAGAGGAAGCAGAAGCUCAACAGGUACAGGAAGAAGAAGAUCCAGAGGAACUUUGGCAGAAAGAUCAAGUAUGCUUGCAGGAAGGCUCUGGCUGACAGCCAGCCGAGGGUGCGAGGGAGGUUCGCCAAGAUGGACGACGGCGACAUGCUCAAGCCCAGGAAGUAGACGGGGCCAUGCAUGGAGGCCGCCGCGAAGCCGAUGAGGAGGGAAGACAAAGGUUGUUGCAAGGAGGGAAUUAAGCUGCUGCCAGUGGCUUUGUUGGCGUCUAGAAGCUUCUAGGGUCAUGGCUACCGUGCCGCGCUGCGCCGCCCGUCGGAAUUCAUUUCAGUCGCUCCAUCAAAUCUGUUCCGUUCCUUCGGGUGACAUUUUCUAUCUUUUCUGCGUUCGUUUGUACUAGUAGUAGUGAUAAUAAUAUGAUGGCCCUCCUCCCUGUGGUGUGGUGCAAGAGAGUGGAGAGCCAGGCUCCUCUUCUGUGUACAAAGGCUUGAACUUGAAGUUGGUGCUAAAUAAAUAAAACCCAGGCCCCUCUCUUGUC